AUGUCCAAAAGAAAACCAUAAUUUGACAUUGGAAAGGAUGUAGAUGAUGAAGAAGCUUUACCAGUAGUCGGUAUUAAUAACACUCAAGAAGAAAUUUAGGAGAGAAAGUAAUGAUAUGGAAAUAUAAAAGAAUUUUGAAGAUCAAAGGCCCAAAACAUAAAGAGAAUAAUUAAAGUACAAAAAUAGUAAUUACUGCACCACCUCCAUCAUUUGAAUAAGUUGGAUCUGAUUAAAAACUGUCAACACCUCCUAAAAAGUUCUUGCCCACUAAUAUAUUCAAUACUCAAUAAGAAAAAUUAUUUUACAAUACUUAACCAUUAAAUAGUUUAUAAUUACCUUAGCAAUAAAAAAACAAUUUUGGGUUAGUGAGUCCAAUAAUAGAAUUUAAAUCAAUACGAAAAGGAGAUAAAUCAACAGCUUCUCCUAAUUAGGAAACCUGUUAAAAAAGUGAAAUUUUACAUGUAAAUUUUAUGAUAUAGAUACAUAGAAUAAAUUAAAAAAAAUAAAAAUAGGUGAUAAAGAACAUGAUAAUAAGGAAAUUACUUUAAUAAUAACAAAAGAUGGAGAAAAUCAUAAAAUAAAAAUUGAGUAUUAUUAUUUUUUUAUAACAGACCUGAUAUAUUUGAAGGAUUAGUUGAAAAAUAGAAAACAAAAAAAGAAGAUAAUGUAGUGAGAUUAGAAUGUAAAAAGGAGUCAGAAAUACAUGAAUUAGUACUAGAAUUUGACAAUGAAAAAGACUUUGAAUAAUUUAAUCUAUGA